UGGAUCUCUUACAAAUACAAUCAGAAAGAUCUUGAUUGUGGAUAAUCGAAGAAUAGACUAAAUAUCUAAAAUUGGCUUUCUUUUUACUAUCCCAGAACAAUUUCUUUUCUGUAUAAUCCAUAUAGAGAAAAAAUUGAAUUCUUCGUAAUUCAUCAAUUUGUCAAUUUGUCAAUUGAAUAAAUCAAACGUUAAUUUACUUUUUUAGUCUUAAAACAGCGAGAAAUUCAAAAUGCCAUCUAUAUUGCUCCUUGGUUCUGGUUUCGUUGCAUUGCCAACAUUGGAAUACUUGGCUCGUCGCAAGGAAAAUACUAUAACUGUUGCAUGCAGAACCCAAUCUAAGGCUGAAUCAUUGAUUAAGGGUGUCCCUAACUCAAAAGCUAUUUCUUUAGACGUUGGUAACGAGACUGCACUCGAAAAGGCUGUUUCUGAGCACGAUCUCACUAUUAGCUUGAUCCCCUACACUUACCAUGCUGCUGUUAUGAAAGCUGCUGUCAAGCAUGGCAAACAUGUUUGCACAACCAGCUAUGUCAAUCCCUACAUGGCUGAAUUAGAAGAAUCAGCUAAGAAGGCUGGCUCCAUUUGCAUGAACGAAAUUGGUGUUGAUCCUGGCGUUGAUCAUUUGUAUGCCAUUAAAACAAUUGAAGAAGUCCAUAACGAAGGUGGCAAGAUCAAAUCUUUCUUGUCUUACUGCGGUGGCCUUCCUGCCCCUGAAGACUCUAAUAAUCCAUUAGGCUACAAGUUCUCCUGGUCUUCUCGCGGUGUCUUGUUGGCUCUUCGUAACUCUGCCAAGUUCUAUGAAGGCGGCAAGAUUGUAGAAAUUGAGGGUAAGGAUUUGAUGGAAACUGCCAAGCCCUACUUCAUCUACCCCGGCUAUGCUUUUGUUUGCUAUCCUAAUCGUGAUUCUACAGUUUUUAAAGAGCGCUACCAGAUUCCCGAAGCCGAAACCAUUAUCCGUGGUACCUUGCGUUACCAAGGCUUCCCUGAAUUCAUUCAUUGCUUGGUUGACUUGGGCUUUUUAGAUGACACUGCCCGUGAUUACCUGGAUCCUAAGGGUACCGCUUUACCUUGGAAAGAAGUCACCGCUCGUGUUUUGAACGCUUCUUCCUCUUCCCAAGCCGAUUUGGUCAAAGCUAUUUCCUCUAUUCACCAAUUCAAGGAUUUGGAUGACAAGAAGCGUAUCAUUAAUGGUCUUAAAUGGCUCGGUAUGUUUUCCGAAAAGCCUGUCACUCCUCGUGGAAAUCCUUUGGAUACCUUGUGCGCUACUUUGGAGGAACUUAUGCAGUACGAAGAGGGUGAACGUGACAUGCUUAUUUUGCAACAUAAGUUUGAAGUUGAAACCAAGGAAGGUAAGCAACAAACUCGUACUUGUACUCUUCUUGAUUAUGGCGUUCCUGGGGGCUACACUUCUAUGGCGAAGCUUGUCGGUAUUCCUUGUGGUGUCGCUUCUCAACAAAUCCUUGACGGUGUCAUUAUUACCCCUGGUGUCUUGGCUCCUAAUGACAUGAAACUUUGUAGUCCUUUGAUUGAUGAACUUGCCAAGGAAGGCAUUGUUGUUCACGAGGAAGUCAUCGAUCAAGACUAAAUGAGCUUUUGGUUUGUUUAAUGUGCCAUUACCUCUUGCUUUAUCUUUUAUAGUUUCGACUUUGUUAAAUAAUAUUGCCCA